UUGAGGUUAUGUGCAAUUUUUUUUUGCAGAGUUGUCAACCUCAAAGAAGAUUUUGAAACACAUUUUCGUGCUAAAAUUGGCAAAAUUCCCGUUUUUACGUAGUUUUAGUGAAUAAAAUUAGUGCAAAAUGGUGAAGGCAAGACGUGGGAAGCGGGACGUGGCCAAAGAUGAGGAGAUGGAUAGUGAUGUAGACGUGGCGAAGGAUACUGCAGCAGCUGGGUCUGAUGCUGAGGAUGUGUCCACGGCGAAGGCGCGGAAGGUGAAGAAGGAGAAGAAGAAGGCACCGAAGAGGGAUGAAGAUGAGGAUGGGGAUGAAGACGGCACGAAGGCACCGCCAAAGGGUGAGGAGAAGAGUAAGGGGAAGAAGGGGGAUUCCGAGGAUGACGAGGAGGUGGCUGUCAUUGCGCCAGGACGGGGGAAAAAGGGCAAAAAGGGGGGCUUUGCACUGCUAAACGUUGAUUCGGACAAUGACGUGGACAGCGAUGGGAGGAUGAGUGAGGAAGAGGACGUGGCACCGAAGCCGAAGAAGAAGGGUAAGGAUACCAAGAGGCAGGAUAGUGUGGAGGAGGAUGUACCAAAGGAGCCACAGGGUGGGAAGAAGAGCAAAAAGUCCAAGAAGAAGCGCAAUGAGGACGACGAGGAGGACAUUGAGAAGCUCCUGGCUGAAUUGCAAAUUGAAUAUGCUGGCGGGAAGUCGGCUGGGUCAUCCGAAGCAGCUGCUGAUGCGGGGGAUUCUCAGGCGGAAAGGAAGAAGAAGUUUGCAGGUAAAGGUCGUGAACAUAAGCAGAGUUUCUCGAAGCAAGUUGAUGAAUUACUUGAUGAUGACUUCAAAGCAGAUAAUGACGUCGAGGAGGAAUUGAGUACGGUCAAGACGGCGGCGCAGAAGAAGAAGGAAAAGAAGGAACGACAGAAGCGUGAAGCAGCUGCGGCGAAGCUAAAAACAGGGCAGGAUGAGGAGAAAUUGCCGCAGGAAGUGCCACAGGAGGUACCGCCGCAGGAAGACACGGAGGAAGCCCCUGGGGCGGAGAAUGAGGAUGAGAAGAAGGAGGAGAAGAAGAAGAAGCGCAAGGAGAAGAGGGAAAAGCCCGAGAAGGCGGAGAAAGCCGAUGGGGAGAAGGGAAAAGAUGAAAAGGGAAAGAAAGGCCCGGGGAAGCAUCUCGUGGCGGCAAUGCAGGAACGUUUGAAGAAGCUGAAGGAGGAGGAGGAGCGCAUGAAGCGUGAGGAGGAGGAAAGGAUAAGGAUUCUCGAGGAGGCGGAACGGCAGCGACAGGAGCAGAUUCAGCUUGAGCAGGAGCGCAAGGAGAAGAAGAAGCAAAAGGAGAAGGAACGCAAGGAGCGUCUCAAGGCUGAGGGGAAACUCCUUACGCUGAAGCAGAAGCAGGAGAAGGCACGUGCGCAGGCAAUGUUGGAAGCACUCAAGGCACAAGGGGUGGAAGUUCCGGAAGCCGGGAAGAAAGCCCCGCGGCUGGGAACGCGUGUGCGGACAAAGAAGAAGGAUCAAAUGGGUGCAGAUGUGGAGGAGAAGAAGGAGUCAUCGCCGGAUGAGAAGCCCGAUGUGCAGGAACAGACGGAGAAGGAAGAGAAGGAUACUGUGAAGGAUGCCUGGGAUGCUACAUCGUCGGAGGAUGAAUCGGAAGAGGUGAAGGCACAGGAAAAGCCCGCGCAGGAAGCUUCGGAGGAGUCAGAGAGUGAGGAGGAGUCCGAAGAGGAGGAGAGUGAGAGUGAGAGUGAAUCCGAUCCGGAUGAUCAUCGGACUGAUGCAGAGCGGAAGCGUGAGAAGGCACGUGCGAGGAUUGAGAAGCGACGCGUGGAGGCGGAGAAGAAGAGAACGCAGGAGAAUCUCCGGGCAGCUGUUGUGUGUGUCCUGGGGCACGUAGAUACGGGGAAGACAAAGAUUCUGGAUAAGCUGCGACGGACGCAUGUGCAGGAUAGCGAAGCUGGGGGGAUUACGCAGCAAAUUGGCGCCACAAAUGUCCCCAUUGAUGCCAUCAAGGAACAAACGCGUUUCGUGAAGGGGGCGCAGGAGCUGGAUUACAAGCUCCCGGGGCUCCUUAUCAUCGACACCCCCGGGCACGAAUCAUUCAGCAAUCUCCGGAGUCGUGGUUCAUCCCUCUGUGAUAUCGCCAUCCUCGUUGUGGACAUCAUGCACGGCCUUGAGCCGCAAACAAUUGAAUCGCUCAACCUCCUCAAGACCCGGAAGACUCCCUUCAUUGUUGCCCUCAAUAAAAUCGACCGGCUGUACGAUUGGGGCACAAUGGGGCGCAAGGAUGUGCGCGAUGUGAUCAAGGGGCAGCCCGAGAACACGCAGAUGGAGUUCCACACGCGCGUCAAGGAGGUCAUCACGCAAUUUGCCGAGCAGGGACUCAAUGCGGCGCUCUUCUAUGACAAUCCCGAUGUCAAGAGUUACGUCUCCCUCGUGCCCACGAGUGCCAUCACGGGCGAGGGCAUGGGGAAUCUCCUCUAUCUCAUCGUGGAAUCCUGCCAGAACCUCCUGACGCGGCGUCUCAUGUACAGCGAAGAUCUCCAAGCAACUGUGCUGGAAGUCAAAGCUAUUCCCGGUCUUGGGACCACCAUUGAUGCCAUCCUCAUCAAUGGGAAGCUCCGUGAGGGGCAGACAAUGAUUCUCGCCGGCACUGAGGGUCCCAUUGUCACGCAAAUCCGUUCCCUGCUGAUGCCGCAGCCGCUGAAGGAGCUACGCGUGAAGAAUGCCUACAUUGAGUACAAGGAGAUUGUGGCGGCGCAGGGAGUCAAAAUUGCCGCCAAGGAGCUGGAAAAGGCAAUUGCCGGACUCAAUUUGCAAGUGGCACAGAAGCCAGAUGAGGUGGAGAUUCUCAAAGAGGAAGUGGCCAAGGAGCUGAAAUCCGCCCUGAGCAGUAUUAAAUUGAGUGAACGCGGUGUCUAUGUUCAGGCGUCGACGCUGGGAUCAUUAGAAGCUCUCCUGGAAUUCCUGAGAACGUCCAAAAUACCGUAUGCUGGCAUUCGAAUUGGUCCCGUGGUCAAGAGAGAUGUUAUGAAGGCGUCAACGAUGUUGGAACAUGAGCCACAAUAUGCAACAAUUCUUGCUUUUGACGUCAAGGUGGAGCGGGAUGCUCAAGAUUUGGCUGAUUCGCUCGGGGUAAAGAUAUUCCAGGCGGAUAUCAUUUAUCAUCUCUUUGAUAAAUUUAUGGCCUAUCGUGAAGAAUUGAAGCAGAAGAAGAGGGAUGAGUUCAAAAGUAUUGCUGUCUUUCCCUGUAAACUCAAGGUGCUGCCACAAUUUAUCUUCAAUUCACGAGAUCCAAUCGUUAUUGGUGUGAUGGUUGAGAAUGGAAUUAUACGGGAAGGAACUCCAAUUUGCGUGCCCAGCAAGGAGUUUGUCGAAUUGGGCAUUGUGACGUCCAUUGAAUCGAAUCACAAGCAAAUUGAAUCAGCACGAAAGGGACAGGAAGUUUGUAUAAAAAUUGAACCACUUCCAGGUGAAACACCCAAAAUGUUUGGACGACACUUUGAAGAGACUGAUAUGCUUGUUAGCAAGAUUUCGCGCCAGAGCAUCGAUGCUUGCAAGGAUUACUUUAGGGAUGAUCUAAUUAAAGCUGACUGGGCCCUUAUGGUGGAACUCAAGAAGCUCUUCCAGAUUCUCUAGAAAACAGUUCUUCUCUGCGAAUUUUCUCAUUCUUCGUAUUUUCUUUCCUCCUGAUAAAUUCUCUCCAGAAAAAAAGUCUUUAUUGAGGAAUUUUUUUAAAAUUUCUUUUCUGUGAAAUUGGUGGUAGACAGCAGAGAGAAUCAGCUACAGACAUUCAGAUAAAAUUGAAUAAUUUUUUUUUGUAAUUAAAAUGUAAAAGAAAUGUAAUUGAUAAAUUGAGUGAGAGAAGAAA